UCCGCUGCUGGUUACAAUGGAAAGGGAGCCGGGAUCGCGAGAAGGCGUCUGCAUUCGGGGAGCGUUGCUUUGACUCCCUCCCUGUCUGCUGCCCCUCAGACACACCGAGUGAGUGAGUGAGAGAGUGAGUACAAGGGUCCGCGGCGUCCCCUGAGCACAGGGCAGGCUGUGAGUGCUCACUGAUCGGGUAGCCCCAGAGCCUGGAGCAGUCGCCGAGUCAAGGGAACAAAAGGACGAGAGAGAGAGAGAGAGAGAGAGGAGUGUCCGCUGAACCACUCCAGGUAUUUCCACAAAACUUGAAGGACUGUAGAAAACUUGAGCUGGAAAUAAAAUCCAUUAUCAUUCCAUAGUUCAUCGAAACUCAAGUCCUCCAAGCAAUAAAUGUCCACACGGCAGCUGGCUUCUUGUUGUAUGGACGUGAAUGGUGACGUAAUCAUGGUCCACGACCAGGUGAAAGUGGAGGAGGUGGAGGAGGAACGGAGUGGUUACGGGUCGCUCAGUAUGUCAUUUCCCAGCAAUCCUCACUCCGACAAGCUCCCGAGCAAGGCAGCGCCUGGGAGAGAGACCUCGGACUUCGAGAGGUCAGGGGUCGUGAAGCAAACGCAUGCUUCAUCUUCACCAAGGGAGGAAGGGCAACAGGAUCACAGUAAAUUCACAAAUACCCUAAGCAACUUGGAAAGAAUAGAUUUUAGUAAGAACCUAACUGAAGUCAUGCCGAGUAUUGAGAAGCUGCUGUCCAGUGAUUGGAAAGACAAGCUCCUGGAGAAAUGCACCUUGAGCAGCAAGGACAUCAAAGGAACAGCGGAGAGUCUGGCAGAGAAGGAAUUGCAGCUGUUGGUGAUGAUAAACCAGCUGUCAAGUCUCCGAGAGCAGCUGCUGACAGCUCAUGCAGAACAGAAGAACAUGGCAGCCAUGUUGUUUGAGAAACAGCAGCAACAGAUGGAACUGGCUCGACAGCAGCAGGAUCAGAUAGCCAGGCAGCAGCAGCAACUCAUUCAACAACAGCACAAAAUUAAUCUCCUGCAACAGCAGAUCCAGCAAGUCAACCUGCCUUUUGUGAUGAUUCCAGCAUUUCCCCACAGUCCGCAGCCUCUUCCAGUCACCAGCGAUCCCCAGCUGAGCCUUCAGAUGCAGCCGGGACUGUCAUGCAAGCCAAAUGACUAUGCUCUGCAGCUGAUGCCAACCCCUCCAGCAGCUAGGAGGACACCAGGACUAAGCCCUGCCCAUACACACGAGGAGGCUUCUCAGCCAUUGAAUUUGACGUCGAAAACUAAAGGUACAGACAUGUCAAAAUCCCCCUCACCUCCACAGGCUAAACUCAGAAGAGGACCCUCCCCAUCAAGCUUUGUGAUCCCAGCAGAGUUACAAUCCAGCACACCAACCUCCUUGUUAACUAGAGAAAUGAUAAGUAAAGACGUUUUCUGGAGGAAUCACUGGGGUUAUACCAUUGAGCAGGACACCAUCGGGAAGGUCAUGCAGAGUCCAAAGCAGAUCUUUCUUGGGAAGAGUCGGGCUGUGGAUGGUCCGGCUGUAAAUAAUAGCAGGAAAGACAAGGAUUCGAGAGUUACAGAGUCUUCUCUUGUGAAACAAGGAGAUGACGGGAAAGCAGCAAGUGGAAACGAAGAUUUUAACAGCUGCAAUGACUCUGAAGGAAACCUGACUCUGGCAGGAUCAAAAGGCUACGAAACCCGAGGUGGCAGCAACCAUGAACACAUCAAGCGACCAAUGAAUGCCUUCAUGGUAUGGGCCAAGGAUGAGCGACGGAAGAUUCUUCAGACUUAUCCUGAUAUGCACAACUCCAGCAUCAGCAAGAUCUUGGGGUCCCGCUGGAAAUCGAUGUCAAACAUCGAGAAGCAGCCGUACUAUGAGGAGCAAGCAAGGUUGAGUCGACAACACUUGGAGAAAUAUCCAGACUACAAGUACAAGCCAAGACCCAAAAGGACCUGCAUUGUGGAUGGGAAGAGGCUGAGGGUCGGGGAAUACAAGGCAUUGAUGAAGUACAGACGGCAGGAGGUGCAGCAGUGUUACUCUGCUGGGCAACAGGACCAAGUUCACUUGCACCCGUCAGACAUGAUGUAUCCCGGACAGAUUGGGAUGACGUCGAUUCCCGUACAGCCGGCAGUGUCGGAACACUAUCGACCCUGCAGCCCCGAUCCCAACAUGCCCGUAAUCCUCAACACGCGGAGUCUCAAAUCCGAACAGGCAGACACGAAGGAAACGCAACUAAGCGAUGCCAAUGGCGAGAUGUACGAGUACGGUGAAGAGGAUGACUCGGAUGUUGAAUAUCGCAGCGAUGGCGAGCUGGUGGUCCUCGCAGACUAGCAUCCACCUGUCACUUUGUCGGGGGAGGCUAUGGAAAUGAACCUUUCAGGCACAGAUGGGCCAACACAUUGUCCUGUCACAACCCUGGCCAACCAUUCGAGCAGAGCUACUGGGGAAGACCUCACUGUUCUGGUUAUGGAGCACGUUGGGAAGGGUCAGGGUUGAGGGUUAGAUAACCACCACCUGUCUCAUUCCAAAUGUGCCCUUUUCAUGGACCAGUUGAUGAGUGGAUGAAAGAGGCAAGUGAGCCUGAGCUGGUCUGGGCCUAUGUGAAUAAUACCAUCACCUAUAGGAAACACCGACUUAUAGUAACCUCUCAUAUACUUGUCCACCAAAGCCCACUCAUUACCCAUCAUGACUUUAUUGUCACCAGCUGCAGUUAGACUAGGUGUAGUGAACAAGUGCCCAAAGUGUCACAAUGGUUUGCUACUUCCCCCAUUAGCAUCAAUGCUGGCUCUAUCCCUUUGUCACAGAAUCAGACCAGUGAAGAUAGAAUCCAGCCUAGACUGGCUCUUCUGCAGAGCCAUGUCCGACAAGUCACAGUCUCUUAACCUACAACCAGGUAACCUUAUUUCUUUUCAAGCUGUCUUCUAGUUCCCCUUUGAAAAAUUAUAGUGGAAUGUCUUUUCAACACUUGUUUGGCCCACACAUUCCAGAUUAUCAAGUCUCAUCGUGUUUUACAUAGGACUCCGGAGCAGGGGAGUAGACCAUUCUGCCCUUCAAUUCUACUCUACCAUUCAAUGAGAACAUGGAUGCUCUGGUCAUGGUCUCAACUCCCAUUGUUUCGUUUGCUUCUCUCAACGCCUCGAUUCGCGUUGCCUAACAAAACUCCAUCAGGCUCAGCUUUGAAUCCAGUUCAAGAUCUGGUCUCCACUGCUAUUUGGUUAGAGAAUUCUGAGAGAAAUAAAAUUCUCCUCUUCUCCGUUUUAAAAGCGGGAUGUCUUUUUUAUAUUAAAAAAAAAGCAUGCUCUCUCCAAUGGUUCAUUUGCAAAGUGCCAUUAGUCUGUGACCUUGUUUCCUGACCCUCCACCAAUGGAAACAAUUUCUCCUUAUCCCAUUGCCAUACAAUCCGAAUCCUUUCGGUGCAAGUUUAGAAGCAAUUUCUUUACAAUGAAAUGUUUUGUAGUCACUGUUACUGAGUGAAAGGGUGAGUGCUCCCAAGAGUAGAUUGCAAUCCUGGCUAUUUGGACCAGUAAUGAGAGAGAGAGAGAGAGCUGAUCUCUGGACUAAGCUUUAUGUUUCUCCUGCUUUUCCAAUGAUAACUAGCCACAUGAAGGAAGAGAGGAGAGAAUGUACUGCAAUGUGUUGAAGGACAGGAGUUGAGCAGUUGUGUAUCCUCUAGUGGGCAGGUACCAUCAUUUGAUCUCCUGACUGCUCCAUAUUGCAAGACAUUGACCAAGUUCCAUCUUCAUGUGUCGGGUAUUACACCAAUUGGAGAAGGUUCCAUUGUUGACUGCAUUGGCUGAGAGUAUCUCAUUGCCUAAUGGAUUUCGGGAUCUGACUGUUCAGGGUUUAUCAAUUCAUUCUUCAGCCAAAGCCAUCAUUUGUAAUUCAGGUUGUAAAGCCUGCCUACCAUUUGGCCCUUCCAUUUGACUCAACCCAAGUAAGAUGAUGCAAGACUUGACUUGUGUUCUGCUGCUGUUGAAGCAUGUGGGUUGCACACACAUGGGUCUAUCAAACAUGGCUGCACCCUCAAGGUAGCUUGAUCAGUGUGACCAGGACCUGCUUUCAGCCUCCUCCUCCAGACCACACCCGCUCUGCCACAAUCAUCGAUUUCCCACAGGGUUUGUAAAACUGGUCCACUCUUUUGCGAUUGCGAAGUGUGUAUGCCAGUGUUAGUUAAACGACAGCGAGCUACUUGUCUGAAUAGAAAAAACCUUGGGGUGAGAGGGAGGAUUGUGUCUGUCUGCUCUAUUGGUCACUGUAUACAAGAGACGGGUUGGCAUGGCUGGGAGGGAAAGGUUCUCGCUGGAUUGCCCCAACGUGACUUUUCUCAAAAACCGCUUACCCCUCAGGUACUCCUUAGUAUGUUUUUUGAAAUAGAUGUCAAUAUUUGUAUAAAGUUUUAAACAAAAAUCGCAUUACAGUCUGUUUACUGAAAGUGUGUGUGUAUUUUAAUAGCAAGAUUUUUCCUUGUUCCUCAUUCUCACUGAGGUCCUGCUGAUCUAAGCUGAGAAACAGCUGGUGAUAUGUUCUAGGACUUUAAUUUAUUUUUGUUUGUAAAGAACCUUUUGUUUUUUCUCCAGCCUCAAGUCUGUUUUAUUUUGUUUUUUGGAUGGGGGUCCAAGAGAGUUUGUGGCAUUGGGAAUUUUUCCAGUUGUUUGAACGUAGCAGGGAUCUGAACAGACCCUUUUUUAAAACUAGUCAGAAUUGACCAAGGGAAAAGGGUGAGUGACUUCAAUCACAGUGCUCCCCACUCUGUAACAGUGUAACUCCCACAGCCUCACAUGCUGAAGGUGUAUAGUGGAAGCCAGGAAAGGGACAGCAAAACAAAAAAAUCCACAAAUCUUUGAAGAAAAAUCUCAACACAAAGGUGUUCUGGGGACAGUUUCUGAAAUGGCACCAUUGUGUAGACAUGUAUCUAAUGUAAUUGACAAGUGCUUGGACUCUUCCCCAAAUUCACCUUCACGUGAAAGAAAUAAACUCCAAAGGUAAAGGGUAGGUCCUCGUUGGUUACCCUUCCAAGUCAAUCCAAGUAUCUGCUGCCUAAGCUGCAGUGCUUUUGCUAGCGUGCCUAUAUUUUCAUGUUGUAAGCCAUCACCUGCCCCUGUCUGAGGGAUUUUUCUAGAGUAUGAGUCAUUUCCUUUUCCUCGUCUUUACUUUUUCCGCAGUUGUUCCUUUUUCCUUUCUUAUUUGUUGAUACUUACCCAAAAAUACUGACUGCACCAAUCACUGAGCUGGAUUCAGGACCUGGAUGAGGAGAUAGACAUACAACUCCUGAGGAGGCAGAACAUUUCUACUUUUAUAUUCAUCUCUUUUUCUUUCUCCUUCCCAUUUGUCUCAAUCUUGCUCUAUUUGUCUCUAUUGUUUGGACAUUUCCCAUUUCCAUCCAUCUCUCUCCUGCUCUUCUCACUCUAUUUCUCUCUCUCUUUCUACCCCCAUCUUUCUCCCUCCCUCUUCUCCCAUCUUUCUCUUCCCACAUCUCUCUCUCUCUCUCUCUCUCUCUCUCUCUCUCUCUCUCUCUCUGCCCCCGAUCUUUCCCUCUCCCCAUCUUUCUUUCUCUCCUCUCUCCUCUCACCUUUCUCUCUCUCCUCAUCUUUCUUUCCCCAUUUUUCUCUUUCCCUAUCUUUCUCUCUCUCUUCCUCCAUCUUUCUCACUCUCUCUCUUUCCCCAUCUUUCUCUCUCUCUCUCUCCCCAUCUUUCUCACUCUCUCGCACAUCCACCCCCCAUUGCUUUCUGUCUCUUUCCCUCCCCAUUAUCCUCUCCCUCCCGUGUCCUCACAUAUUCUUUGCAUCCUUCCAUCUCUUUCUUUGUAUUACAGCCAUCUCUCUCCCAUGUUCUCUCUUCCCAUCAUCAUCUAAUUUCCCCUCUCUUGGUCCCACCCUCCAUUUUAGUUAUUUUGCUUAAUUAUUUUGACAAUUAUUGUUUCCACUUGUCUCACCCUCUUUCUCUCUCUUUCUCCCCUUCAGCCCUCCCUGCCCACCUUUAAUGGACUAUUGUGCUUUUCUUGUGAGCUUGAAUAUCCCAGGGAACUGCCUGUACUAUUUCCCAUCAGUCAACUGGAGAUUCUGGAAACCCAGCUCUCCGUUGUUGGACAUCUAAACACACACUUUAUUCCUCUUCCCUCACACGUGAUUCCCAUAAUAACUUCCUUCAGUGUCAAAGUUGCCAAGUUCACAGAUUAUUAUUUUCUUACUUUCCUCGUGCGUUUGUAGAUACUAACUGCCCUGUGAAAGGCACAUGAGAGUGCUACAGACACUAUUAUUCAAUGCAAGUCAUUUCAGGAUAAUGUUACAGGAACUCAGACCUAUUACUAUAAUACUUUUAUAGUCAACUUUUAUCAGUGUUUUUUUUAAUUUUUUUCAUAAGGGAGGGGAUGGGCAGGGGGAAAUUACUGGAAUUUCUCAUAUCUUGGAAUCCAGAUCUUGUUUUGCAAUGCUGAGUUGGGAGGGUAAAAUCACAACUCCUCUUGAAGUAAGACAAAUGAUAAAUGGUUAAUUUAACUGUGCAUUAGUUCUCUUUGUGACCUGGUCCUCGUCGGGCCAGACAGGUUACUGUACGUGGAUCGUACUGAACUCUCUUUACUUCAAGCACCUUUGUGGUGCCAACGUAUUUUUGUUUAGGAUGGAUUUUUUUUAACGAAAGCAAUGUGAAUUUGAUUUGAUUUAUACAGUGUAAUAUAUGACCAUGUUUCUGUUAACAGGAGAGAUGAUCUCCCAUUAGGGGUGAUUUAAAUUGAUUAGU